GCGCGCGCUGUUUGUGCUGCGAUUUUGACAGUUGCGCCAGUUUCUGUGCUCGUCGUUUCGAGAGCGGUGGGAGGGGAGACGCGGUGACCGACAUGCAGCCGGACACGAGCUUCUGAACGGUGUUUCUGAGCGAGCCGGACACGGACAGGGAGGCGGGGAUUGCGCGAGGAGACGGGAAAGCGCGGCUGUUCGGGGGUUUCGUGCGGGGAUAUCAGCGACUAGCCGCGGCGGCUAACGGCGGCUGUCAGCGGGGCUGAAUAGUGCUGGUUGCCGGGCUGCGUGUGUUGGACUGGCGCUGCUGGCUGCUGGUGGAUAUCCUGCAGAUCUUUACUGCGUGUUUUGGCCUUGUCGUUUGGAGGAACGAGUCCCACCUCCAUGAAUCAGACUUUCCGGCAGGUAAUAAAAAUGCGACUGAAGUGAUCGGCCAGCGAGAGGGGCGAUGAUGAGUUUCCAGGACGUGAGCUGGCUAGUCCUUGUGGCGCUCUUCUGCGUCUCGCUGAUGGUCGUGCUAGCUUGGCUAGUCCAGUUCUCCCUGGCCUUACUGAGGCCCAGAAGAGGUACCAGGCUCCAGCGGAGUGAGGAGACCUCCUGGCAGCUGCCCCUCAGCCUUACUCACCAGACCCUGACGGGUGGAGUGUGGGGGUCUCUUCUGAGGCUCAGGUUUGGGCGAGAUGGCUCUGCGAGUGAUACAGAGGCCGGGGUCAAAGGGCUUCUGUCCUCGCUCUUCGCGUUCAAGUCUUUCAGGGAGCACUGGCAGAGAGCUUGGGUGAGGGCGCUCAACGAACAAGCCUGCAGACAAGGGAGCUCAAUUCAAAUCACCUUUGAUGACAGCCUUCAGCUCCCUACCUCUGCGUCCAUUGACCAUGUGACCUGCACAGACCAAUCGACACACAGCAUGGUUCUGCAGUGCAACUGUUCUGUUGACAGGGUGACAUUCCCGGUGAGUGUCACUCAACAGUCACCAGCAGCUGUCUCUAUGGACACAUACCAGGUUACAAUGGAGCCCAUGAAGGCCCAGUUGCAGGUCUGUCUGGAGGAGAUAGAGGAAGAAGGCCUCCUGGUCUCCUGGACGUUUUCUAAGCAGCCCCUGCUGUCCUUGAUCGUGACGUCACGACAGAGAAUUCAGAGAGAGGGCUCUGGGGAGGAGGUGGAUGUGGAUAUGAUAGCAAAGUUGGUGGAGGACACACUAUAUGCCACGCAACCUGCCAUGAUCCUGAACCUGAGAGCAUGUGUCUCCAGCCCAGCUUUUCCCAGAGAAAAGCAGGGAAACCGCCAGAACUCUCCACAGAGCAACAAUCUCCGGCGCCUUCUGGUGCGUCAGCUCAAAGCCUCCAGUGUCAAAAAAGGUUGUCAGACUCAUGUUGGGGAGUUGUGCUGUGUCCUGAGCCUGGAUGUCCCGGUACUGGAGAAAAGAACACGCUUCCUGACACCAUCCUCCAGUCCUGGAGCCACACUGGACUGGGGAGAGGAGCUUACACUGGAUUUGCAACCAGAAACCAAAGAACUCAAAAUUAGACUUGUGGAGCGUAAUAGCAGAGGAGAACAAUUCUUGCCGGGUCAUGCAUGUUUAUCGCUGGAUCUCCCCAAGAGGAGUCCCAAUGGACUUCACAAGCUGUCAGUCACACCCGGUCAUGGUCUGGCACCCACAGCUACUGUCACUUUGGAGCUCCUGUAUAUGGAGCUGAAAGAUGUGCGGUGGUGUCAGAAUGCCACACCUUUGCGCUCCUCGGUUACGCCAUCCAAAAAGGUGGAUGUAGACCGCACCAUCAUGCCUGAUGGCACCAUCGUCACCACUGUUACCACCAUCCAGUCACGGCCAAAACUGGACCGCAAACUAGGAGAUUCUCCCUCCAGAUCUCCAUCUAAGGUGGAGGUGACAGAGAAAAGGCCAACCAUGCUGACAGAGAGCUUCCAUAGCCAAUCCAGCAUCAGCCCCACACCCAGCACGGAAAGUCCCCUCUCUAAUGGGCUGGACCCUGUAGCAGAGACAGCCAUCCGGCAGCUGACUGAAUCGGCAAGCAAGACAGCAAAGAAGACGCCCACUAAACGCAGCACCCUCAUCAUCUCUGGAGUGUCAAAGAUUCCCAUUACAGAAGAUGACUCUGCGUUGUCGGUGGGAUAUGCUGCAGCCAUGGACGCUGCCCUGCAGGGGGAGCACUCUCCAAGUGGGGCCCCGAACCACCAUGGAGCUGGGCCGCACCAGGAAGCAGACGAGACCACCCCAUCUGAUGCCUCUGAGCGGCCGUCUGUGGAUGACGUGGAGUCGGAGACGGGCUCCACUGGAGCACUGGAGACACGCAGCCUCAAAGACCAUAAAGUGGGCUUCCUCCGCAGCGGCACUAAGCUGCUGUUCCGCAGGAGGCACAGGCAGAAAGACCCCAGCUUUAGCCAGUCCCACGAGGACGUCUGCAACCUGGGCAACGACUCGUCCACGGCCUCCUGCUCCUCCAGCGGCCGCAAGAAAUCUGGAAGCUUUUCACGUCGGCUCAUCAAGCGCUUCUCCUUCCGAUCAUCCAAAACCAAGGGAAAAAGUAGCGCCACCAAUGGAGGAGCCAGCACGGGAGACAACUGAGGCAUGGGCUGUGAAAUCAAAAAAAGAGAGAAAAACACUAAAGAGAGAAAGAGAGAGAGAGACACGGUGCGGGCGCCUGUCGAAAGAGUUUAGGGGCAGCUAGAGCAUUUGGAACAGUUCAUUUGGAACAAAAGGAAAAUUGUGCUUCUUGAACAACUUUAUCCUACAGAGACUUUUGGGACACGCUGGGAAUAUUUUUGACCCUUUGUGUUCGUUGUACGUAGGUAUUUGACGCAAACAGCAGACGCUGCUUUAUGAGAGUGAGGUAGAUGCCUCACGUUUUGUUUAGUGCUGGAAUCGCAAAGAAAAAUGGGGGGGGGAUAAAGGGAUUUAUUUGUGUUCUUCUGAAAACACCUUUUGAUUGUGUAAUGUAUAAUGUUAAAUAAGAGACUUAAAAUGGCUGCUUAAGUGGAGGAGAGGAGGUGGGUGAGUUGAGAAAUAGUGGUUGAGUAAAAUGCUGUAAGACUUGUUCAGCACAAGGGGGCGACAUAAACCAAUACUUAUCAGAAAGCCUCCCGCAUUAUGUUGCUAUUCGUUUGUUUGUUUUGUUUGUUUUUUACUAUGAUUACUAUUUAUUUAAUUUUCAUCAGUUGCACACUUUUGAAACUCUUUUCUGAUUGUUUACAGUGGUGGGGAGAUCUUCUUCAUCAGUUUUAUUAUUUUUGUGUAUUGUUUACUGUCACUGACACUAAAUUAUUCCUCCUUACCAAACCAAGGAGUCUUCAGUGGGUGAAUUAUGGUGAGGCUUAUGCUGUGUGCUUUGUUGUUUUUGCUGUAGUUGAUAGCGAGUUAGAUCAACAGAUAUUUAAGCCCUGUUUUUUUCAAAUUGUGGUUCUUCUUUGAUUUACAUUGUGGCACCUUCUUCUUUUAUUAUAUUCAUUUGUUAAAGAAAUACACGAGUAGUACGCAUAUCUCACAGUUACGCUUGAGUGGAACAGAAAUGGAAAAAUAGACAAAUUUAACUCAGAUAUGUUUAUUCUUCUUAAACAUUUCUAAAACUGAUAAUCAACACGUCUUUAAAUCAUGUCUAGUUAAAGUUACAGUAGGUUGGAAAUGUAUUUCAGGUUGAAAAAAAAACACCUCAGGGGAUAUCAUGAACGGUUUCCACAAAAUUAAAUAUAUAAAAUUUUUUCAAGACUACUCGAAGCUCGGACAAGCCCACACUUUAUAUUUCUUUAAUAUUUAGCUGCAAUAAGAUAACUCAGACUACCCUGAAUGAAUGGGGUCCCCUGCAUGCAUAGAUGAGCAGACCUGAACGUGUAAAUAAUAGUGCUAACGUUUACGUUUUAAAAGUUUCACCUUCGAUUUUGCAUAAGAACAUAAAUAGGUGAAGGACGGCAGCUUAAUUCAGCUUCUCAUGGCUUUGGCUAUUCAAAGGGAAAUUAUCUGACCACUCAAAGACCACAGCUUGAUGGAUGGUUCACUGAUGUUUCAACAUUUUUGCAUAAUUCAGUUUUAAGGUGUUAAUGCUCAGUUGGAGUGGUUUAUUGUGAUGAGUAUUAUUCCAGAGAAUCUUACUAUAAAAAAAAAUCCAAAAAUAAUCUUAACAACUAAAUUAAUGCAUAUAUAAAAAAUAUAAUAUAUGUUUAGGCCAAAAGCGUGGUUUAAAAAUUGUGAUAUCUUUUUUAUUAUGGAGCUUUGAGGGACAUUUUGAAAGCCAUUCACCACCACUGUGGAAAUUUCUCUAGAACAGCAUAUUUCCCAACAAACAAAAUUAAAUCAUUCAGGUUAAUGGGCUCUACGUGUUAAGAAAAACAUAUUGGGCGAUAUCAGGAAAACAAAAAUACUCAAAGUUAUGUCCAUAUAUUAUACAAUGAGCUGAAAAUGUAAUUAUUGUGAAAGGUCUACUUGGAGGCAUUAAAUACUUUGGAUGCCCAGGUUUAUUCACUACAAUUAUGAACAAUUCUGACUCAAUAAAUUAAUAUAGAAUGAUCAUUAUCAGUUCACACCAAAUAUCAGUUCACACCAAACCACGCUGACACAGUUUGCUUACAUCUUAAUGGUAAAAUAGGACAAAACAUGUAGAAACAUCAGUGGAAUUCCAGUGUAUAAAUACAGUGCUGUGGUGUUUGAUGGUGAAAGCUGGUUGAUUUUGACCUGUAAGCUGUUUGUUUCUUAUCCAGGCCAAUAAAGUCAUCAUUGUCUUCUUUUUGACUCCUUAAAUGACUUCCUUAAAUCUUCCAGACAAUGGCUUCAGGCACACACAGUCUAUAUUGCAGUGCAUUCAUUAUUUUCAGAGGGUUGUUUGUAAAUUAGCAAUUUUCAGCUGAACAUUUACAGGUGGGAUCCUCUACUCUUUCUCCAGUCUUUUAUCCCUUUUCCCCAAAAAGCCUGGAAAGCCUGAAGACCCCAACAUUACACUGCUAGUAGGCCCAGAAUGUCAUUGUCUAUGAAAACAGUGAGCCGCCUAAAGAGAAACAAUGCCUCUCAGAUAUUUGAUGCUUUAUAUUACUAUGUGGCUACUUCAAUGUUUAAUUUAUUCUGAAUAAAUUAUUUUUGAAAAUGCA